AUGACCUUCAUUCCUAAAAGCCCUGAACUUGAAGAUGCUUCUGAUGAAGAGAGACUCGAUAUGUCUCUUUCCUGUUUGAUGAAAGGAAUCCACCUAUUAAACAGAGUUUCCUGUCACACUCGUAAGCAAGCUAUCAUCCUUGCUGGCAAGCAACUGAAGUUCGAAGAAGCUUUCCAGACAUUGAAGGGGAUGCGUUUUCUUCACAAACAGCUGGAUGUAGAGGAAAAUGAUAUUCAUGAAGAGUUGCACGAUUUAUCAGAGAGAAACGGGCGGUUAGUUGAUGACCUGAGUGAGAACCUUCGCUGCAAAGAUGAACUGAAAAAGCUAAACCAAGACCUUCAUAUCAACUUUGACGAUGUAAUUGGUCGCCGUUUGGGGUUGAACCGAGGAUUAGAAUAUAAAACCCAACAAUUUGAAUCUUUGAAGCUUCAGUAUACCAAAAAGGUUCCAUAG